AUGGAAAUAUUAGAAGAAUUCUCAAACAUUAACUUUAUAGAAGAACCAGUUAAAAUGAGUAUUAAUAUAAUUGAAUUGAUCAAUAAAUCCUUGAAGAAUAAAGUUAAAAUCAUACCAUUGGAUGACUUAAUUAAUUCAAAACCACUUGAAGAAGGAGGUUUCGGAAGUAUUUUAAAAGCAACUUGGAUAAAAACAAAUGAUGAUAUUGUUUAUAAAAAAUUAACGAAUACAAAAGUAUUUAGAUGUAUUAGUCAAGUUCGUGAAACUACUAUAAAAGGUACUCCCAAAAGUUAUGAAAAACUUUAUAAAAGAUGCUGGAAUCCGAAUCCUAAACAAAGACCAACUAUUAAAAGAGUAUUAGAAGAAUUCUUGAAGAUGGGCUUUGGAAAAAGUAUUGUAGAUAAAUCUUCUGAAAACAUAGAUGACAUAAAGAUGAAAGAUGUAACUGAAAAUAUAGAAAAUAGUAAUUCUGAUUCCGAUUCACUAAUCGGUGAUUCUCUCCAAAUAGAUACUUAUGCAGAUUUAUCUGUAACGAAUUUCUAA